CGAAUUGAAAUCGAACCGAAGAACGUGUUUUGGUCUGAAAACGGAGAUCUCGUUUGCAUCGCAACCGAAGAGUCAUUUUUCAUUUUGAAAUACAAUUCCGAAGCUGUUGUCAAAGCAAAGGAUUCCAGAGAUGCCAUCACUGAAGAUGGAAUUGAAGAAGCGUUUGAUGUGAUUGCAGAGCUCCAGGAGUCAGUUCGCACCGGUCUUUGGAUUGGAGACUGUUUUAUAUACACUAAUGGCGUGAAUCGACUCAAUUAUUUUGUUGGCGGAGAGAUCGUUACGAUCGCACAUUUAGACCGUACAAUGUAUUUAUUGGGUUAUAUUCCUCGCGAAAAUCGUCUGUAUUUGGGAGAUAAAGAGCUAAAUAUCGUAUCGUAUUCUCUAUUGUUGUCUGUAUUGGAAUACCAAACAGCAGUAAUGAGGACUGAUUUUGAAGCCGCCGAUCAAAUCCUGCCGUCGAUUCCGAAA